AUGGGGGACAUGAAGACUCCGGACUUUGACGAUCUACUUGCUGCCUUUGAUAUCCCUGAUGCCACAAGCUUGGACCCAAAGGAAGCUAUCCAGUCUACAAGUGAUGAGCAGGAGAACCAUCUCAAAAGUUCAGGAAUGUGUUUGGAUGAGAACCUGUCAUUGGCUCAGUCUGUGUCAGCCCCUGAUGUACCUGCAGUAAGUGUGAUUGUGAAAAACACCAGUCGGCAGGAGUCAUUUGAGGCAACAGAAAAAGAAGGAAAUCACAUGGGUCCAACGCUUCUUCAAAAUGGGUUUCGUGGUCCAGAAGUGAGUCCUGAGCCACACACUGUUGGGCCAGGCUAUGGAAAAUUUGAGCCUGGUUUCAUCAAUGGGGAUAACUCUAGAGGUUAUGGUGAAAAAGAAGAGUCUCAUAAAACAGAACCAUUGCCAACUUUUAGCCAGUUCAGCCCUAUUUCAAGCCCUGAACCUGAAGACUCAAAAGAUGGGGUGCUGAACAAGCAAAAAGCAGCAGAAUCUCCUUACUUUCCACAACCUUCUAUGUAUGUUCCUGAAGAAGGCUGCAUGGUGGAUUCAUUAGGGAAAUCUACAGAGCCUGAGCUUAGUAUGUUUGAUGAAUAUUGUAAAAAGGAACAAAAAUCAGAAUGCAUGGAAGCAGAGAAAAAUAAACCUGCUGAACAAAGCAAGGAUAUCGAUAAAACCGACAGUUUCCUUGGAUCUUCCCUGGCAUUCGGGGAUAUUCAGGAUGGCAGCAUUUCUGAGGAGAAAGCCUUUUCAAGUGCAGGGGACACUUAUAGCAAUUUGGCUGGUACAUCACCUGUGUGUUCCUCAGCUGUGCCACCUCGACAACGUAUUAAGCCAGCGCACUCUAAAUUAUCUUCCUGUGUAGCUGCUUUAGUGGCAUUGCAAGCCAAAAAAGUUGCCGUAGUCCCAAAGGAGGAGCCCUUGAAUAUUUCUAAAGAUGUUAGUAUGCCAUUAAAGGACAGUAUUAAAGGAAGCCCAAAAAUGCCGAAGUCACCAAAAAGCCCAAGGAGUCCACUUGAAGUAGUUAAAAAGGUAAUAAAAAAUCCAGAUAGCCCAAUGAGUGUCUGCAGUGACACCAGCAGCAAAGACUCUCCAUCAGUCUGUGCUGGCUCACCUCCUGCAAUACCAAAAGUCAGGAUCAAGACUAUAAAAAUGUCAUCUGGUGAGAUCAAAAGAACUGUAACUAGAAUUUUGCCAGAAGUUGAGCCAGAUGAUGUGGUAAAAUCUCCCGAGGAAUUCCUUGGUGAAAAUUCAUCUGGGGAAGAUAUUAAACCACUUGUGAAUGUUGAAGAGAGUGCAGAUUCAGAAAAGGAAAGGCCAAAGAACUCUGGAAAGUGUUCUGGUAGCAAUCAAGAGCAAAAUGCAGCAAGCGUUCAAGCAGUCAAUGCUAAAGGAGAUAAAAAGAAGAAACACGCCAACGUCCGUUCCUCAGAACCCUGGCAGUAGUUCAUCAAAGAACACUGGUUCAUCACAGAACAAGAAGCAGUCAUCCGCUCCUAUCAAGGCCACGACCAGUUCAACCAGCUUACUCCCCAAAGCUGUCCACCUUGCCAGCCUUAACCUAGUCCCCAAUAGUGUUGGCACUAGUAUGGGGCAAAAGGCUACACCUUUGAGACAGACACACACACACAGUGCUCCUAUGGCAGUGCCACUUGUACAUCAAGUUAAAAUUGCAGCUCCUGUAAUAGUGGAUGCUUUUAAUAAACUUUUACAUAGUGCUAACCCUGUCCCAACAUACACCCCAAAUUUGAACCCCCCACCUGACUGUAAUAUUUCUCUACCAGCUUCUGGUUACACUUGCCUGGAAUGUGGAGAUUCAUUUGCCUUGGAAAAGAGCCUUGUGCAGCACCAGAACAGGAGGAGUAUCCAUAUUGAGGUCAUGUGUACCCAGUGUUCUAAAACGGUUCAGUUCUAUAACAAGUGCAGUCUGCUAAGUCAUGCCAGGGAACACAAGAGUAAAGGACUGAUUAUGCAGUGCUCUCAGCUAAUGAUGAAGCCCAUAUCCUCAGAACAGAUGCUGGCUUCACAACCUUUGGUUUCCACAGCACUUGCCUCUCAACCUUCCACUUCCACUCAACGAAUCAUAGCUCCAGCAACUUCACUUGGAGUGUGGUCUGGGACUUCUUCUUAUGCUCCACCAGCCAUGCCACUUUAUGCAGACCCAUAUGGACUAAUACGCCAUGGAUUCAAGUGUCUUGAGUGCAGUAAACAGGUUGAGGACUACACCAGUCUUGCAGGACAUUAUCAAAGAGUGGCAGAGGAAAAAGAUGGACUGACCUGCCAGGUGUGCCAGAUGAUGCUCCCAAAUAAAUGCAGCUAUGGGGCUCACCAGCGUAUCCAUACUCACAAAUCUCCUUAUUGCUGCCCAGAAUGUGGUGUGCUUUGUAGAUCAGCCUAUUUCCAGACCCAUGUUAAAGAAAACUGCCUACACUAUACACGCAAAGUGGCAUUCCGGUGCAUCCACUGUGGGGUGGUAUUCAUGUCACUAGGGAUGCUGAAGGCUCACAUCCAGGACAAACACUGCGAAGUUUUCCACAAGUGCUCCUUCUGCCCCAUGGCCUUCAAGAGCACAGAAAGUACGACCGCUCACAUCACUGCCCAACAUCCAACUGCUAGCCACAAAAACGCACAGAUAAUCUAUAAAUGUUCUUGUGAAACUGUAUUCAAUAAAAAGAGACUUUUGCACCAGCAUUUCUACCAGAAUACAAACACUCUUCUAGUGAGCGUGUUCAAGUGUCCCGAAUGCCAGCUGGCAUAUAUGCAGAAACAGCUGCUAGUGCAGCAUCUGAAGAGCGUCCAUGGCCUUCCUAAAUCACCUGAAGAAUCUUCAGCCGCCCAGAAAAAGCCAGAUGCUGCAGUGGAGAAGAAUGAUGACUCCACUUCGUCAAAGUCCACAGGAAAGACUGUGGGUAAUUCCUCUUCUAACAAGAGAGACAACGAGUCUGCAGAGUCACAGCACAAGCAGAAGCUUGCAGGUUGGACGUGUCCAGAGUGUUCUGAGUGGAUUCUGGAUCGGGAAACUUAUGUGUUCCACAUGAAGAAAAGUCAUGGGAAGAGUAUGAAAAGAUAUCCAUGCCGACAAUGUGAGCGCUCCUUCAACUCUUCAGCCAGCUUACGACGACAUGUUAAAAAUGACCAUGACACAAAGAAAGAGUACACCUGCUGCUACUGCACAGAGAAGCCCACUUUUGCCAAGCCGUCCAUGCUGGCUAAUCACAUCAUUUUAAUGCACGGCAUCAAAAACCCUGAACUUACCCAGGUGUCCUCUUCUAUCGCAGCAUCAGAUGCAGCUUCGCAAAGCCGAGAACAAGAUCAGUCAUCGGGUUCCAAGAAAGCUAUUAAGAAAGAACUUGAGGACUCUGAAGCAAAAGCAGGUGGACCAGAUGCUAAGAAAAUGAAAUCGAUCUACAAAUGUGCAAAAUGUGGCUUUGCAGCAGACAGCAGCUCUGAAUUUCUUGAGCACAUACCUCAGCACAAGAGUGACAGCUCCUCAUACCAGUGUGUACAUUGUGGUUUAUGUUACACAUCCCAGAUAUCACUAAAUAGACACCUUUUCAUUGUACACAAGGUGAAGGAGGAUGAGGAGGAAGAUGAGGGGCCUCCAAGCCCUAACCCCAAAACAUCAGAAAAGCAGAUUUCAAGUUUUAAAUCAGAGCAGGGAGGAACAUGGGAAUGCACUCAGUGCAAUUUAACCUUUGAUCUGGAGAGCGCACACGCUGCCCAUGUACGGACACACAAAGACAGCACGGAGAACAGACAGAAGGCAGGAUCUCUUGUGGCCUGA